AUGGGCCUCAUCGAGUUCAAGGAGUGGAUAAACCAGACGGAAGUGUUCUCAGACAAGUCGCGCAUGUGCUCCAAGCUGCACGGCCUGACUCCAGGGCAGCGGAGGGUCUGCAGGCGGCACAAGGACCACAUGCCGGCAGUCGGGGCCGGGGUGCUUCAGGGGAUAAAGGAGUGCCAGCAUCAGUUCGAGCACAAAAGAUGGAACUGCACUGUCACGGGAGACGAAACUGUUUUCGGACCCUUGACGCUCAUUGCUUCGCGAGAAACAGCCUUCACCCACGCUAUAACAGCGGCAGGGGUGUCGCUGUCGAUUUCGCGCGCUUGUCGCGAUGGGAGUCUCUCUUCGUGUGGGUGCAGUCGGGCUUCCAGACCGAGGCAUUUGCACACUAACUGGGUGUGGGGCGGCUGCGGUGACAACCUUGAGUAUGGAUACAAGUUCACGGAAGGCUUCGUUGACAUUCGUGAAAGGGAACGCAAAGUGAAAAGAGGCAGUCGUGAACAGGGACGACAGCUUAUGAACAGGCAUAACAACGAGGCGGGCAGAAGGGCUGUCAUAAAGAAGUCGCGAGUGACUUGCAAAUGCCACGGCGUGUCUGGCUCCUGCAGCCUUAUCACUUGUUGGCAACAGCUCGCCAUCUUCAGAGAGAUUGGAGACUAUCUAAGGGAGAAAUAUGAAGGUGCUACGGAGGUGAAGGUGUCACGUCGUGGGAAACUCAGACUAAGUAACCCAAACUAUAGUCUGCCAACUGCUCAAGAUCUCGUUUAUUUGGAAGAAUCGCCAAAUUACUGUAUUCGUAAUAUUUCUUUGGGUGCUCCUGGAACCAUGGGUAGAGAAUGCAAUAGGACUUCAGCAGGAGUGGACGGAUGUGCGCUGAUGUGCUGUGGGCGCGGUUACAACACCAAGAAGAUUGUAGUUAAGGAGAGAUGCGAAUGCAAAUUCCAUUGGUGCUGCCGAGUGGACUGCAAUACCUGUGUUAAGACUUUGGAAGUGUAUACUUGUAAAUAGUUGGAAAAUCCAAAAGUGCACGCCU